GACUGUUUGUAGUUUGGUUUUUGAUAAUUGCUAAUAUUUAUCGUUAUUGGAUAUUAAAUAAGCAAACAAAAUUUGAUGAUUUAUCCACACAAUUAGUCAAUAAAAUGGAAGAUAUGGAUUCACGAAUAGAUGUGCUUCAAAAAUCUCUUGAAACUUUAAUGCAACAGGCUGAUACCAAUAAUCUUAUAGUUGAAGAU